CAGCCAGCAGCCAGGACCAUCUUUAUCUAUUGAGCUGAGCUUGGACGAGCUUGGACCCUGGUCGCACUUCUCGACCUUACGCUCAUGACUUACAUCGACGUCAAAACUGUCUCCGACUAUGCCAACUCAUCACCUCUACACCUUUGGUCACAAUCCGCAUCACAAACUCCUACCUCACCCAAAUCUCGCCCCGACGGUCAUCACCGAACCCACAGACGUCCUCCAUCCGCACUGGAGAGCUCUGGCCAAAAAGACAUACGGAGUGGAAGAACUUGCCGGGGAGUACGUUUGGGGGGACUUUGGGUCUACUAUCAUUCGGUUGUUUGACGGAGACAAUAAGUCUGGAUGUCAACAAUAUAUACUCCUAGGAUACCCCCCUGAUGAACUCUUACCGGAAUACGUAUCGAAAACGAACGAGUGGGACAUUCCAUCAGAGAGACCGGGAGAGGUGUCUGCGCAGGGAUCAGCACAUGCAACGGCAUCCACGACUGCACCAACAGCUUCUAAGAAGUUAGGAGUAUCAGAGGCCUCAAGAAUACGUUCUGAAACCGUGACUUCCUCUGAAUCGUCUCCACAUGCCACGACUACUCUGCCGCUUGAUACGAGCUCACUCGCAGAUCAGACCUCGGAUGUUAAAAGCUUCGACGAUCAUCACCUCCUUGACGAUAGUCCGGACCAACUCCUUGAUGACGAUCCAGAUCACCUUCUUGACGACAACGACUCUCUUCUCGAUGAUAAUGAUCACCUCCUCAAGGAUGAUCAUCCCCUCCCCAAUAACAAUAACGCCAAUCCGUCUUCCUCUCGAUCGUACGUCACCCCCUUAGCAAACCUCCCUCAUCGGAUAAAAAUUAUCGGGUAUGAAAGGCUCGAAGGGUACUUGGAUAUGGAUACGGGGAGGGUCAAGAGGUUGGUCCGGAGCUCAGACCAAAACAAGGGAAGAGCAGCACAACGGGAGACCGAGGAGGAUGAGGCGGACACGGACCGUAAUAACGAAGACGAAGAGCGGGAUGAGGAGACGGGAGACGAGUUGCGAUGGAGGGACAUUGUCAGUCUAUCUGACGGGACGAUCUAUGGCCUCCCUAUAUCGGAACCCCAGGUUGACCCUACGUGUCCAUCUUCUCCUGGAUUAUACGUCUUUCCGACCUUCACCGCCCUCCUCCAACUGCGACCGUCCGACCACAUCCCCUUACCACUUCCCCCUGGGACCAAAUCUGCGGGGAUAUCAUUACAAGGCGGAACCUCCCAUAUCCUCAUUCACGCUCGAGAACCUUCUUCGAUGAUCUUUGGACUAGGUGACAACCGGUACCAAUCCGCAACCCCUUUCCCCCUCUCCUUAUCACUUUCGACCUCUGGUUUGCCUACGGGAUCAAAGCCGAAGCGUCGACCCGGUCAAGCAUCACGGCCAGAAGAGAUCGAACCCCUGAGCGGGGUCCCGAUCAGACAGGUGACAGCUGGAGAAUCGGUCAGCGGGGCUGUGAGUGCGAUGGGUGAGGCCUGGAUUUGGGGGAAAGGCGUGGGAGUGGGAACGUUGCAACGGGUCGGAUUUGGGGAUGGGCGAGGUCUCAAAGAAGGUGGAGAGAAGGCGCAACACGAGGACAUUGCAGAUGAGGAUCAAGACGAUAACGAGGAAGAGGUCAAGUUUUUGGCCCUGGGCGAGGGGUACGGAAUGGUUGUCCUGGAAGACGACCAGGUAUAUGUCCGAGGUCAGAACGACUAUGGCCAACUAGGUCUACCCCCCAGAUCAACCAACAUCGAUGUGUUCGAGACGGAUCCCGAUCCCCAGUAUCCCGAAUGGACGGCACAUCCCUUCUUUGCGGCGAAUGAACUGCGUGUAGAGGCUGUUUGUACGAAAGAUUGGGCUUCGUGGGUACAAUGUGUCGAGAAGUAGCGAAGGGCAAAGGCGACAGCGCGUACCUUGUGCGUUUCAUCGUGUGCACAAGAAGCAUCGGCGGCAUAAGCGUAUAUACAUAGAACAGAGAUACUCUGCUUUGGCGCUUACGUGACAAUAGUCGACGAUGUCACAUCCAUUCUCUCCCAUCACUCACCUUUCGAUGACCCCAGUGCCAGGCGCGACGAGGUGGCGAGACUUGGUGUCCUCAUACUUAUAGGCAAUAUCAUAACCACCCGAUUUGGCCGCAACGAUGUUGCUGAGUUCUGAAUGCACCAUGGAAGCGACCCCGACCCGGUCCCACUAGACUUGAUGGCGCGGUGACGAACGAUAAAGCGAUCACGACCCGGUCCCAGACUUGAUGGCGCGGUGGCGAUAUCGCCAUG